CUCCAGCGCCUGUAGUGGUCCGCUGAAGUGCGUUUCAGAGUCUGAAUCAUGAAGAACAGAAGAGUUCAUUGGGAGUGGUGCGGACAUUGUGUAAUAUACGAAUAGGACUCGUUAUUUGCGCUCUUGUUGCCUGUGUGAAGUUAUAAUGCAGCUGCUGCUGCUGACCUCCAUGAAGUGUUCAAGCUCAGAUAAAGUCGCACAGACAGUGAUAACGGAUACCGGACACAUACAGGACAAACCCGCAGAAUAAGAGUGUGACUGUCAUAUUGGAGGAGAGAUGGGGAACGCAGGGAGCAUGAACCAACACACUGACCCCAGAGGACACCACAUGCCCCUCAAACUGCCCAUGCCCGAGCCGGCCGAGCUGGAGGAGAGAUUUGCGCUCGUCCUGAACUCAAUGAACUUGCCUCCAGACAAAGCAAGAUUACUACGGCAGUACGACAAUGAGAAGAAAUGGGAACUCAUUUGUGACCAGGAACGAUUCCAGGUGAAGAAUCCUCCUCACACAUACAUCCACAAGCUGCAGGGUUAUCUUGACCCGGCCGUGACCAGGAAGAAGUUCAGGAGGAGAGUGCAGGAGUCGACGCAGGUCCUGCGGGAGCUGGAAAUCUCAUUACGGACCAAUCACAUCGGGUGGGUGCGGGAGUUUCUGAAUGAAGAGAAUAAGGGUUUGGAUGUGUUGGUGGAGUAUCUUUCGUUUGCACAGUAUGCUGUCACGUAUGACGGUGACAGUUCUGACAACAGCGCAGAAAACUCGGUGGAUAAAUCGAAACCCUGGAAUCGAUCAAUUGAAGAUCUCCAUGGAGGAAACAACCUCUCAUCAUCUGUCACAGGCAACAGCAUCUCCAGAUCCAGCAGACAUUCAACCAUAAGGUCUAAUACAUUACCCAGCCGGAGGACAUUGAAGAAUUCCAGAUUAGUAUGUAAGAAAGACGACGUUCAUGUGUGCAUCAUGUGCCUACGAGCCAUCAUGAACUACCAGUAUGGCUUCAACAUGGUGAUGUCUCACCCUCACGCUGUGAAUGAAAUUGCACUAAGUCUGAACAAUAAGAAUCCCAGGACUAAAGCUCUAGUGCUGGAGCUGCUGGCCGCCGUGUGUCUGGUUCGAGGAGGUCAUGAGAUCAUUCUCUCUGCCUUUGAUCAUUUUAAAGAGGUAUGCUUAGAAGAUCAGCGCUUUGAGAAACUCAUGGAGCAUUUCAAGAAUGAAGAUAAUAACAUCGACUUCAUGGUUGCCUGCAUGCAGUUCAUCAAUAUUGUGGUUCAUUCAGUGGAAGACAUGAAUUUCAGAGUGCACUUACAGUACGACUUCACAAAGCUGGGUUUGGAUGAAUAUCUGGAUAAACUGAAGCACACCGAGAGUGAUAAACUGCAUGUGCAGAUUCAAGCAUACCUGGAUAACGUGUUUGAUGUCGGGGCUCUGUUAGAGGACGCAGAGACCAAGAACGCAGCGCUGGAGAGAGUGGAGGAACUAGAGGAGAACAUGUCUCAUCUGACAGAGAAGUUACAGGACACAGAAAAUGAGGCGAUGGCAAAAAUCGUUGAGCUGGAGAAACAACUCAUGCAAAAAAAUAAAGAGCUGGAGUCUGUUCGGGAGGUGUAUAAAGAUGCCAGCUCUCAGGUGCACACCCUGCGGCGGAUGGUGAAGGAGAAGGACGAGGCCAUUCAGAAACAGAGCAACCUGGAGAAGAAGAUCCAUGAGCUGGAGAAACAGGGAACCAUCAAGAUCCAGAAGAAAGCGGACGGGGACAUUGCCAUCCUGACACCCACUCCACAGGGGAACGGGCAUCUGCCAGGGUCACAGGGCGUAGCUGGGGUGUCCGGUGAGGGCAUGGUCAGUCACGGAGGUGUGGCUAACGGGACGACACAUGCCAUGAGCAUGCCUGAUCCUCCACCACCCCCUCCUCCUAUGCCAGCGACAUUAUCAAAUGGUCCAUCUUCUGUUCCAGCACCAGCUCCUCCUCCUCCUCCUCCUCCCCCUCCUCUCCCAGGCCUCACUUUGGAUAUAUCUGCCCCUAUGCCCCCUCCACCACCCCCCAUGGCUCCACCACUUCCAGGCUGCGGCUCUCCCACCGUCAUCAUGAACUCAGGACUAGCAGAGGGACCCAUCAAACUGUACUCUGUGAAGAUCAAGAAACCCAUCAAGACUAAGUUCCGUUUGCCGGUUUUUAACUGGGUGGCACUGAAACCCAAUCAGAUCAACGGCACUGUGUUCAACGAGAUCGAUGAUGAAAGAAUACUGGAGGAUCUGAAUGUGGAUGAGUUUGAGGAGAUAUUUAAGACGAAAGCACAGGGGCCUCCCAUAGACAUCACCUCCAGCAAACAGAAGACCUCUCAGAAAGGACCAAAUAAAAUCUCUCUGCUGGACUCCAACAGAGCCAAAAACCUGGCCAUCACACUCAGAAAAGUGGGCAAGACAUCAGAGGAGAUUUGCAGAGCCAUUCAAAUGCUUGACCUGCGGACGUUGCCGGUGGAUUUCGUGGAGUGUUUGAUGAGGUUCAUCCCGACGGAAGCGGAGCUGAAAGUUCUCCGGCAGUAUGAGAAGGAGCGCAAACCUCUGGAGAACCUGACGGAUGAGGAUCGCUUCAUGAUUCAGUUCAGCAAGAUCGAGCGUCUCAUGCAGAAGAUGACCAUCAUGGCAUUUGUGGCCAAUUUCACAGAGAGCAUUCAGAUGCUCACGCCGCAACUUCACGCCGUUAUUGCAGCUUCUGUCUCCAUCAAGUCCUCACAAAAACUCAAGAAGAUUCUGGAAAUCAUCUUGGCUCUGGGAAACUACAUGAACAGCGGUAAACGAGGAGCGGUGUACGGCUUCAAACUGCAGAGCUUAGACCUGUUAUUAGACACGAAAUCAACAGACCGCAAGAUGACUCUUCUGCACUAUAUCGCAAAUGUAGUGAAGGACAAAUACCAGCAGGUGUCGCUCUUCUAUAACGAACUGAACUAUGUGGAGAAAGCUGCAGCAGUGUCUCUGGAUAAUGUCUUAUUAGACGUGAAGGAGCUUCAGAGAGGCAUGGAUCUGACCAGGAGAGAGAACAGCAUGCACGGCCACAACACACUGCUCAGAGAUUUCAUGCAGCAAAAUGAGAAUAAACUCAAAAAACUUCAGGAUGAUGCCAAGAUCGCUCAGGAUGCCUUUGAUGAAGUGCUGAAAUUCUUUGGAGAAAACUCCAAAACAACACCCCCGUCUGUGUUUUUCCCAGUGUUUGUGCGCUUUGUGAAAGCAUACAGGCAAGCAGAGGAGGAUAAUGAACACAGGAAGAGACAGGAGCAGAUGAUGAGGGAGAAGCUGAUUGAGCAAGAAGCUAUGAUGACGCAAGAGGAUCAGAAGUCUCCCUCUCAUAAGAAUAAGCGGCAGCAGCAGGAGUUGAUUGCGGAGCUGAGGAAAAAGCAGGUGAAGGACAGCAGACAUGUGUAUGAGGGUAAAGACGGAGCCAUUGAGGACAUCAUCACAGUGCUGAAGACUGCCCCCUUUACUGCGCGCACGGCCAAACGCAGCUCGCGUUACUUCAACGAGGAGCUCCACUUCUAAAGCUUAGACUCUCUCUCUCUUAAAGGUCGCUGGAUAAACCUGCGCUCUUUCAUUCUGUGUGUGUGUGUGUGUGUGUGCACCCCUUUACACUUCACAUUCCUGGUUUUGUUUCCCUGUGGGGCAACUCUUCUGAAUGGGGGCCGGCGUAUGGAUGGGAUGUCAUGGGCGUGUUCAUUUUUCCUUUCUUUUCCAACCGAACUCCUGCACUAAGGGGGGUUUGGGGAGGGAAGCAUAUGUUGUCACCACAGUUUUCUUUUGCAUGGAGUGUGUCAUGAUUUCAUCAUUGUAACAUGAAUGUAAUAAAGAGGAAAUAUGAUGUCACAAAAGCCCAAACAGUCAGAGUUUAGAACUGACUCUCAGCCGUGAUGGUUUAAACUGAUGUGUCAGUACUGUCAGUUGACUCAGAGCGCCCUCUGCAGUUCUAAAAAGUUUUUACCAUUUAAAAAAAAAGAAAAAAAAGAAAAGAAAAGAUGAUUCUAGUUUUGUAAAAACCCAGAAUGUGCUAAAAGUUAAUGAGACAUUGUCACUGGUGUUAUGUUUAUCUUGUUAUAAUAGCAUUUUUUUUUUUUUUAAUAAAACACUCAUACACAAAUUGCAGAAUGAUCCAUUACUCGAACAGUGCUUAGCAUAUUAGAAACAUCGUGUUUGUGAUGCCGGCGUGUUGGGCAUGGUUUGUGACAUUAUAGUUUGCUCAUGUGUUCAUUUGUCCAUGUCACUGUGAUUAUAUGUAAUAUAUAAUGCCAUUGAAUUUUGGAAUCAUUCGCAUAAUGCUGUUUUUCUGCAUUCUCUCACUCUUCCUCCAUCUUAUCCUGCUUUGAUGGGAAAUUUCUAAUAUCUCAUGACUCCAUGUGUGUCCACAUGUGUUUAACUUGCAUGUUGUGAUGGUUUUCUCUAAUAAGCAUGUUCUAUUUGUUUGCUUCACUUACUGUAUGCAUUUGCACGGGGUGGAUGACAUUUCUCAUUCAGAUUUACUUCUGUAGCCAAAUGUAGGGUUAAAUCUCACCAAGAAAUGUCCAGAUCAUACUUCACUUUAAA